AUGGUCCACGGGCCGUGUGGCACGCUAAACCCAAACAGCCCAUGUAUGGUGGACAACAGUUGUUCGAAAAAGUUUCCAAAAGAAUUCAGCGAAGAGACUGUAUACAUUUCUGACGGUGGUUACCCGAAGUACCGCCGGCCAAACAACGGACCUGUGACCAGGGUCAGAAAUCAAGAGGUCAGCAACGAGUUUGUCGUGCCUUACAAUCCGUACCUGUUAGCAAAAUAUGAUGCACACAUUAACGUAGAGGUAUGCUCUUCUGUGAAGAGUGUUCAGUAUUUGUAUAAAUACGUAUAUAAAGGGCACGAUGCUGCGACCAUGGAAGUAUGGAACGGAAAUGAAAUAGACAGUGUUGAAACAUUUCGUCUCGUCCUAAAUUAAUAAUAAAUAGAGCUGUUAAUAAUAAUUUGGCUG